CGAGGCCGGAAUUUGCGAGGCUUUAGCUUUAAGUCGCGGCUCCCGCCCGGAGGGACGAGACUGCGCAUGCGCGGAGAGUCUCGCGCGAGUUGCCCCGGGAGACGGAGAAUGGCGGAGGAGGUGGAGCAGCCCCAAACUACCAACACCGUUGAGGAGCCUCUCGACUUGAUCAGGCUUAGUCUGGAUGAGCGGAUUUACGUGAAGAUGAGGAACGAUCGAGAGCUUCGCGGCAGACUACACGCAUACGACCAGCACUUGAAUAUGAUAUUGGGAGAUGUCGAAGAGACUGUUACAACAGUGGAAAUUGAUGAGGAAACGUAUGAGGAGAUAUACAAAUCCACCAAGAGAAAUAUCCCAAUGCUGUUUGUCCGUGGGGAUGGUGUUGUUCUUGUGGCCCCUCCACUGAGAGUCGUUUAACCCCAACCAAACUGAACACUAUGGACUGAGCUUCAACAUGUGGCUAUGAUUUUCAGUUGAUUGAGACAUUAUUGUUUUUAUAGACCAUAUUUCAAAGUUACAACAGACAAGGCUGAGGCCUGUUGUUUAUUUUUCUAAAAGUGUCCGGCUUGGACUCUUGUGAGAAGUGAAGUGUUUCUGUUUGAUUUAAUAAAGAUCACCACUGUUUUCUGUG